CUUUUGGCGGGUUCCUGAAGUUGAUUUCUGAGCUAAAAUCUCAGCUCCAUCUCACCUUAUUAAUUUCUUCUAAACCCAUUCUUUUUUUUUCUUCUUCUUUUUACUGCUCAUCUACGCCACCUCCGCCGUCGCCGGAGCCAUCUCCAUCCCUUUCGCCUUUCUCCAUUUUCCUUCUCCUACCAAACACUGACACCCCAAUUUCUUUCAACCUUCCUCAUUUUUCUCUUUCUUCUCUGCCGGAUUUUCACUUAAGAUUCCCUCUUUCUCUUCUUUCUUCCAACCCAAGCUCCCGCAGAUCCCCAGCUUAGUCCAGCAUUUGGCGUUUUCUCCACUCUGUAAUUUUCUAAUAAUUUGUUUUGGAAUUUUUUGGCAUCUGGGUCUACUCCUUCUUCUGAUUUGGUUGGACAGAUGGUUUGAGAUUCUAUUUUGCCCUCUGUUCUUGUCAGUCUUCUUGUUCUGGGUUUCAGUGCACGAGCGGCAUUUCUUUGAAUGGGGCAAUUUUCUAGAUCACGACUUUGUCUGUUUCCCAGGGUGAAUUUUGUUUAGCUCAUUCAUGUUUCCACUGCCCGGAUCCGGGGGUUUUCUGCUGGGUGUUUUCAAUUUUGUUAAUAAAAUUUUGGGUUUCUGACAACUUUGUAUCUCCUCCAAGAAGUGGAUGAUUGCGAUAUUGCAUAGAAAUGUCAAGGAUUGCUAAGUGGAAGCUUGAGAAGACAAAAGUAAAGGUGGUCUUCAGGCUUCAAUUUCAUGCCACGCAUAUUCCACAAUUUGGAUGGGACAAACUGUUUAUAUCUUUUAUUCCUGCUGAUUCUGGGAAGGCAACAGCAAAGACAACUAAAGCAAAUGUGAGAAAUGGAGCUUGUAAAUGGGCUGAUCCUAUCUAUGAAACAGCUAGACUUCUUCAAGACACUAGAACAAAGAAAUAUGAUGAUAAGCUCUAUAAACUUGUAGUGGCCAUGGGCUCUUCUCGUUCAAGCACCCUCGGAGAAGCUUACAUCAAUCUGGCUGACUAUGCUGAUGCACUGAAGCCUUUAGCUGUUGCACUGCCUCUUAAUGGAUGUGAACCUGGGACUAUUUUACAUGUUACUGUACAGCUGCUCACUUCUAAAACUGGUUUCAGGGAGUUUGAGCAGCAAAGGGAGCUCAGGGAGAGGGGGCUGCAGACAUUCUCCGAUCAAAAUAGUCAUGGAGAAUCUCCAAGUGGAAAAAUGUCACCAUCCAAGGAUUUGGUGAAUAUUCACUCAAAUAAGGUCAAUGCAAGAAUUAGAUCCAAAGAAGUAUAUAACGAGCUCCCUUUACUCGAAGAUGAGGGUGGUCGAAAAGAAGAGUAUGCAGAUUCAGCAGCCGGUUUUGACGUCUCUUCCAAUACUUCAGAAAGCUUAUAUGCAGAAAAAAACGAUGUGCAUGAAAUUGACAGCAUAAAGAGCACAGUAUCUGGUGAUCUAGGUGGACUUUCCAUUGGCCAAAGUCCUGGAUCAGAGAAAGGAGACCAGGGUGAUCAUCAAUAUUUAGUGCAGAGGUCCAACAAUUGGACUCAUAACUGGGGUUCUGACUUUGCUGCUGAUGGGGAACUGACUACUGCAUAUAAAGAAAACAAUAGACUUAGGGAAAGCUUGGAAGUAGCUGAGUCUUCGAUUGUUGAGUUGAGGCUAGAAGUAAGUUCUUUGCAAAAUCAUGUCGAUGAGAUGGGUAUUGAAACACAGAAAAUUGCUUGGCAGCUUGCUACGGAGACUACUUCAGGUAAAGAACUGACAGAAGAAGUUUCAGUAUUGAAAUCUGAGUGCUUAAACCUUAAAGACGAGCUUGAGAGAUUAAAGAAUCUGCAAUCAAGUCUAUCAGAAUCUAGAAAACAAAUCAUAGAGACUGACCAGGAUAACAUAUGCCAAAAGCUCGAGCCACAAUGUUUGAAGGGGCUUUUAACAAUGGAGGAAAAGAUUAGAGAUCUGCUAAACAAGGCUCACUUUGGAUGUCAAGACAGAGAUGUUCGGUUUCUUCUAGCUGACUUGGAGGCGUUGCUCUGCUAUGUACAAGAUUUCAGAGAACGAAUGGAACAAGAAAUUUCCUGUGCCAAAGUGAACCAAAAUGAGAUCAGAAAAUUGAACUCCCCAACUAGUCAGAUAUUGACAUCAGGAACUGGGUUUGAUUCAGACAUUUACCAUACUGAUAGCAUGCUUCAUUGUCUUAUACCAGGUCUGGUGUCCUACGAACCCAACUCUAUUGAUGCAAUCAGUUCAAUGAAAGGAAAAAUUUUUGAACUUCUGAGGGAGUUGGACGAGUCAAAAGCAAAACAGGAGAGCCUUGCACAGAAAAUGGACCAGAUGGAAUGCUAUUAUGAAGCUUUUAUUCAUGAACUUGAGGAAAAUCAGAGACAGAUGAUUGGAGAGCUGCAGAAUCUCAGAAAUGAGCAUGCAACAUGUAUAUAUACUAUCACGGCUUCUAAGGAUGAGAUAGAAGCACUGCAUCACGAAAUGAAUAAACGUUUAAUGAACUUUGCCGAAGAGAAGAAGAGUUUGGAUUCCAUCAAUAAGGAGCUUGAAAGAAGAGCUUCUAGUGCUGAGACAGCUCUCAAAAGGGCACGCUUAAAUUACUCAAUUGCUGUGAACCAGCUGCAAAAGGACCUUGAUCUACUAUCUGUUCAGGUCACCUCCGUGUUUGAGACUAAUGAAAACCUUAUUAAAAAUGCACUUACUGGUUCUUCACAUCCAAGCAGACAGGAAUCCUGUGAAAUAGGUUGGAAGCCGGAAGUUGAAUUGGAGGAAUUUUCUAAUGGCAAACUUUUGCAGAGGCAGAACCAUGAUGCAGGGGUAAAGAAAUAUCAUUUUAGUGGAGGUAUUUUCUCUGAGGACUUAAAAAGGUCUCUCUACUUGCAGGAAGGGUUGUAUCAAAAGGUUGAAGAUGAAGUCUUUGAAGUACAUUUGGUUAACAUAUACCUGGAUGUAUUUUCAAAGACGCUCCAUGAAACUCUGAUUGAAGCAAAUACUGGUUUCAAACUUAUGAAAGAGAGAGUAGAUGAGAUUAGUCAGCAGCUGGAACUAUCAACCAAGUCCAAGCAAUUAUUGUUUCUUGAACUGCAAGCUUCUUUGGAAGAAAUCCGAUCUCUAAAUGAAUAUAAGACUGCAAUUGUUUCAAAAUACAACGAAAUGGGAUUGAAAACUGAAAUUUUAGAAGAAGAUUUAUUAAAUGUUACUCGUGAAAAUUCCUUUCUUUCCAAGAAAAUAUCAGAAUGUGAGGCCUUGGUGACGGAAUAUAGAAGUUUUGAGGAAAAGUACCAAACCUGUCUUUUGAAGAAGUUAGAGCUAGAGAAUUCAAUGAUUGAGGAAGGCAUUGAAAGCAAAAAACUUCGUAAUGAUAAUGCAUCUUUGCAUGAAGAAAUGAAAGCUCUAAGAGCUGAAUUUGACAACCUGGUUUCAGUGAAGGGAGAUCUGCAUAAAACUGUUGGUUUUGCUUAUGAUAAGUUGAGUAACUUGUUGGCUUCUCAUAACAAAAGCUCUUCCUUAAGUGAAUCUGUUUAUGAUGACUUAGAGCCCAACAGCUUAGCAGCUUUGGUUUUGAAAUUUGAAAAUCUCCAUCUUGAUGCAUGCCAGACAGUUCUCCAACUCAUGAAUGAAAACAAACAUUUGAUGAAAGAAAGAGAUACGGCUCAAAAGUCCUUAAGCAGAGUAGCAUCAGAUAAUCUGAUCAUGAAAGAGAGUUUUGAACGCACAAAACAAGAUAUGGUCAACAGAUUGGAUAAGGCCAGUGAACUGGUGCAAACGUUUCACGUUGCAAUUGAGACUGUUUCUAAAAAUAUCAACAGCAGUGAAGCUGAAGAUAAAUUUACCCAACAGCAUAAAGAACUUCUGUCUGUUCUCGAUCAUGUGGAGGAUGAACUGCAACAACUGACUUCUAAAAACAAUGGCCUUGAAAAUGAAAUGGUAGCACUGAGGUUAGUAGAUGAAGAACUUGGAAAUUGUAAAUUUACAAUCCAGGUGUUAACAAAGGAGAAAAAAACUUUACUUGAGUCAUUACAUGAAAAAGUUGAGGAAUCAAUGAAGCUUAAGUUGGAUCUGGAUCGCUCAAAAGAUAAAUGUCAAUCAUUUUCUGAUGAAUUAGUUAUCGAGAAGAGUUCUAAAGAUAGUUUAGAGAAAAGAAUUAAAGAUCUUGAUUCACAAAUAAAUGAGAAGAGUUGCAAGUUGCUAGAGUUUGAGAAAAUGAAGGCAGAAGUUGGACGUCUCAAGCAAUUGGUGUUGGAGCUUGAGUCAGAGAAAUCAAGAGUCGACAAAGAUUUACUCCAGUCUGCAGAACUUCUUAAGCAUCUUGAUCAAGAGAAUUCUUCCUUGGUUUGUUUGGAAAGUCAAUUGUGUGAAAUGCAUGAAUUUUCAAUAGCUGCAGACAUUAGCCUAGUUUUCACAAGAUCUCAAUAUGAUAACCAGCUUGAAAUUCUUGUUCAGCAAUUUAUGUUAUCACAAAGGGACCUUAUAGCUGUCCAGGAAAAGUAUGUCAAUUUAGAGACUGCUCUUAAUCAUUGUAUGGUCAGUGAAGCACGCCAAGCUGAAGAGAGCACAAGAUUGUUGAUGAAUCUUAACUCUCUAAAAGUGGAGUUAGAAGCCUUUGCUUCAGAAAAUAAGAUGCUUCUUGAUGCAAACGAAAAACUGACGAAUCAGUCUGAGGAAUUGCAAAAUAGGACUAAACUUUUGGAGGUUGCAGCUGAUGCUGAUAGAAGUCAUCAUGCUCAAGAGAUUGAAAAACUAGGGAAUAUGUUGAAGACUUGUGAAACAGAGAUUGAUGAUUUGUUGCUUUGUAAGGAAGAACUGGAAGUAAGUUUGUUGGUUGUCCGGUCAAAAUUGGAUGAACAACAUGCUCAUGUGAUCUUGCUCCAAGGUAUAAGUGAUGAGAUGGUCAUCUUGCAAAAUAAGUGUAAUGAUCUAACCCAAAGGCUGUCUGAACAAAUCUUGAAAACAGAAGAAUUCAAAAACUUGUCUAUUCACUUGAAGGAUCUAAAAGACAAGGCCGAGGCAGAGUGCCUCCAACUUCGUGAAAAGAAAGAGAAUGAAGGGCCAUCCAAUGCCAUGCAAGAGUCUCUCAGAAUUGCAUUUAUAAAAGAGCAAUACGAAACAAAGUUGCAGGAAUUGAAGCAUCAGCUAUCUGUGUCCAAGAAACACAGUGAAGAAAUGUUGUGGAAAUUACAAGAUGCAAUCAAUGAAGUUGAAAAUAGGAAAAAAUCUGAAGUGACUCACAUAAAAAGAAAUGAAGAUCUGGGAAUGAAGAUCGUGGAAUUGGAAGGUAACUUGAAUGCAGCUCUUGCUGAAAAGCGUGAAAUAAUGAAGGCUUAUGAUUUGGUGAAGGCUGAAAAAGAAUGCUCUUCUAUCAGCCUUGAAUGCUGCAAGGAAGAAAAACAAGAGCUUGAAGCGUUGUUAAAGAAAUGCAAUGAUGACAAAUUAAAAUUUUCAAUGGAACUGAACCUAAUGAAAGACUUUUUGGAGAGUUACAAAUUUCAGACGAGCAUGCAGAAGGAAGGCGGUGAUGGAAAAUGCACAGAAGAUCACGUGUCUAAGUCCUCAGACAAAGAUAGUGUACCUCCUUGUGAAGAAGUUGAAUGCACAAUAUCAGUUUCAACUGAUGCGACCAAUAAUUCACAUGCUUUCCUUAAUGGUCAAGGGCAACCUGAGCAGGAUGUUUUGAUGUCAAGAAGUCUCAACGGACUUCAAGAUAUCUCUCCUGGGAAUCAAGAGGACUUGCUGCAUGAUGAGACAAAGCAUUUGGCUCUGGUAAAUGAUAACUUCAGAGCUCAAAGCCUGAAAUUUAGCAUGGACCACCUAAAUGAAGAGUUGGAAAGAUUGAAAAAUGAAAAUUCGCUUGCUCAUGAUGAUGAUCAUCCUGAAUCAGAUUUUCCUGGUUUAGAACAUCAAUUGAUGCAGUUACACAAGGUGAAUGAAGAACUAGGAAGCAUAUUCCCCUUGUUCAAGGAAUUUUCGAGCAGUGGCAAUGCUUUAGAAAGGGUACUAGCUCUAGAGAUCGAGCUUGCUGAAGCUUUGCGGUCAAAAAAGAAACCAAGUAUGCAUUUUCAGAGUUCUUUCUUGAAGCAACACAGUGAUGAAGAAGCGAUAUAUCGAAGCUUUAGCGACAUCAAUGAGCUAAUAAAAGACAUGUUAGAUCUAAAGGGAAAGUACACAACUGUAGAGACUGAACUGAGAGAGAUGCAUGAUCGUUACUCCCAGUUAAGCCUCCAGUUUGCUGAGGUUGAAGGGGAGAGACAGAAACUCAUGAUGACUGUCAAGAAUGUCCGAGCAUCCAAGAAGCUUCUCAACGCCAAUAAUCGACUCUCAUGGUCAUCCCGGGGGGAGCAUUCUCCUUCAUAACUUCUUGGCUUCCUAAGAUAAGUCUCUCUUGUCUCUUUCACUAGUUGUUGAAAUCGCAUUCAGGUCAAAUGUGACACCAAAGGCUUCAUCUUUGGCUUUCUGCAUCACAACACCAAGAAGAAUAUCGACGGACGAUACUGUCUCCAGGGAUCGAGCUGCUACGAGUUUAGAGUCAGCUGCACGAUAAAGAUGCAACAGUUUUGUGUAAAUAAGAAAGCUUCUGCACCUAUUCAUUCACCAGUUGGUAGAGUAUUAUCAAGUAUAGAAUCUUCUUUUCUACUUCAAUGUAAUUUUUUCUGUACAGUAAAUGUAAUAUCUUCAUGGGUAGAUAACUUAACUCUCCAAAUAUUAUGAAGAGAAAGCAAUGAAACCAUGUCAUUAUACAUCUUUGCCCUUCC